CCGAAGCAGUGCCUCGAGUACACACCUCGUGUAUAUUUACUCGCUGUAUAUAAGUACGGACCGGACGCGGUUUUCGGCUCUACCCCCUUUUCCUCUCUCUCUCUCCGGUUACCAUUUUGAUCGAUCUUUUUUUGCUCGUGUUCUCGUUUGCUGUACGCGAGUGCUACAUUAUAUUACCUUGGCCGUUGGGAUAUUUUUUCUCUAUUCUCGGUCCUCGACACUUUGGUUUUUCCCCCCAUCAUCCGUGGCAAUCGAUCGGUUGUAGUUCCACGAGUGUUUUCGGGGCGGUACAAAAGAUAUCUCGCCGAAUGUGCGGGUCCUGGAAACUAAACAAUGUGACACAAAGUGCGGCCAUGAAUAAUAUAAAUUGUUAAUUCGUGGAUUGACAAAGUGCGUUGCUCGCGAGCUCGCGUGUCGGGAGUGAAGCCGUGAAAGUGCGACGUUGUGUGCUAACGCGUGGCACAAUUUGAUAACAAUAAAAAAAAAACGAAAGAAAAAAAGAAAAGGGUGACCAUGAAAAAUUACGGGAAGGAGGAGGAAUUUCUCGCGAGUCGCCCAGAUUGUCCGGAACAUUGAAUUGGCCAAAAUUUCAUGAGGAUCGAGGACAGCCGGCGUGGAUGAGCGUCGCAAGCCCCGUGCGGGGGAGUCGAGCGGCGGCGGUGGUGGCGGCACUUCCAGCAGCCGGCUACCGGUCGACCGCUGCUGCUGCUUUCGCCAAUAGAACGAAAACCAGUCCCGCUCCCAUCGGUCGCACCGAGCGGUGGCGGCAGCGGUGGCGCUGCCCGGGGAGGUGACCACAUGGACGCCGAUCUCGGGGGUGCAGUCGGCCCGCCACGAGCCCCCCCCGAGCCGGGGAGACCCGAGACGCCGCCGAGGACGCCCAAGUACCUCGGGCUUCUGUUGACCACUCGGCUAUUACUGCCACCCCGGCGCUGCUUGCUUUUCUACCUCAACUGUUACCGUCGCUGUUUCGGGGACCGACGACGCGAACCAGUCGCGAACAAUGUCGCGCAACGCUGUCACGCGGCCACAGCGAGAAACAGAAAGGCGAAUUCGCGCCAGCAAUCGCGAGUACAACUUGCAAUUCAACUAUGCGAACAAUUACAUCAAAACGUCCAAGUACACGGUCCUGACGUUCCUGCCGCUAAAUCUGUUCGAGCAGUUCCAAAGGCUCGCCAACUUUUAUUUCCUCUGUCUGCUCGUGCUCCAACUGAUACCCGCCAUAUCGUCCCUCACCCCCAUCACCACAGCUAUACCCCUCAUCGGGGUACUCACCCUCACUGCCGUCAAAGACGCCUACGACGACUACCAACGACACAGCAGCGACUCGCAGGUGAACAAUAGGAAAUCGUGGACCCUGCGGGGCACGACCCUGCGCGAGGAAAAAUGGUCCGAGGUCCAAGUUGGCGACGUCAUACGCAUGGAGAACGACCAGUUUGUCGCCGCCGACGUUCUUUUGUUAUCGACGAGCGAGCCCAACGGCCUUUGCUACAUCGAAACGGCCGAGUUGGACGGGGAGACGAAUUUAAAGUGCCGGCAGUGCUUGCCAGAAACUUCCGAGAUGAUGGACAAUCACGAGCUGAUCGGCGAGUUCGACGGUGAAAUCCUGUGCGAGCCGCCCAACAAUUUGCUUAACAAAUUCGACGGCAUUCUCACGUGGAGGGGCAAAAAGUACAUACUCGACAACGACAAGGUAAUAUUGCGGGGCUGCGUGUUGCGCAAUACCCAAUGGUGCUACGGUAUAGUGAUCUUUGCGGGCAAAGACACGAAAUUGAUGCAAAACUCGGGUAAAAGCAAGUUCAAGAGGACCUCGAUAGACAGGCUGCUGAAUUUACUCAUUAUCGGCAUUGUCCUGGUUCUGCUCUCCCUGUGCGCCUUCUGUUCCGUUGGCUGUGGCAUCUGGGAGAGCCUCGUUGGACGCUACUUUCAGGUGUACCUGCCGUGGGACUCGUUGGUGCCGAGCGAGCCGUACAUAGGGGCCACAGUGAUAGCCCUGCUGGUGUUCUUCUCUUACGCGAUAGUAUUGAACACCGUGGUGCCGAUCAGCCUGUACGUCUCGGUAGAGGUCAUAAGGUUCGUACAGUCGUUUCUCAUCAACUGGGACGAGGAGAUGUACCACGCGCCCACCAACACCCACGCCCGGGCACGCACGACUACCCUCAACGAGGAGCUCGGCCAGAUACAGUACAUAUUCUCGGACAAGACGGGCACCCUUACCCAGAACAUCAUGACGUUUAACAAGUGCUCCGUCGCCGCGCAGUGCUACGGGGACGUGAUCGACGAAGCGACCGGUGAAAUCGUCGAUCUUGUCGAAGUCAGGACAGUGCCGUCGAUCGAUUUCUCAUUCAACAAGGACUACGAGCCGGACUUCAAGUUUUACGACCCGAGCCUGCUCGAGGCGGCGAAGCUGGGCAACGAGGACGUGCACUGUUUUUUUCGCCUACUGGCGCUCUGCCACACGGUCAUGGCCGAGGAGAAGAACGGCCACCUCGAGUACCAAGCCCAAUCGCCGGACGAAGCGGCCCUGGUCUCGGCGGCGCGCAACUUCGGCUUCGUCUUCCGCGAGCGCUCCCCCAACAGCAUAACCAUCGACGUCAACGGCAAACGCGAGAUCUACGAGUUGCUAUGCAUCCUCGACUUCAACAACGUUAGAAAGAGAAUGUCGGUCAUACUGAGGAGGGACGGUAAGAUCAAGUUGUACUGCAAGGGGGCGGACAACGUCAUAUACGAGAGGGUGAAAAAGGGUAGCGACGACAUGAAGGCCAAGACCCAAGAGCACCUCAACAAGUUCGCCGGCGAGGGCCUGCGAACGCUGUGCCUGUCGACAAAGGACCUGGACGAGAGUUACUUCAACGAUUGGAAGCAGAGGCACCACGAGGCGUCGCUCAGUAACGAGAACAAGGACGACAAGCUUGACGCGAUUUACGAGGAGAUCGAGAAGGACAUGACUCUACUGGGUGCCACGGCCAUCGAGGACAAGCUCCAGGACGGCGUGCCCCAGACGAUCGCCAAUCUCAGUCUUGCCGGUAUCAAGCUCUGGGUACUCACAGGUGACAAACAAGAGACGGCUAUCAAUAUCGGCUACUCGUGCCAGCUGUUGACGGAUGAUCUGACGGACGUGUUCAUCGUGGACGCUGUGACGUACGACGGCGUCGAGACCCAGCUGACACGGUAUCUAGAAACAGUUAAAAAAGUCACUUCGAAUCAACAGAAGAGGCCGACUCUCUCCAUCGUCACGUUCAGCGAUACAGAGUACAACAAUCCAACUAGGGAAGAGGCUGACGAUCAAGAGCCGGAUGACUUACAGCCGGCUUUCGCAGUGGUCAUUAAUGGCCAUUCCUUAGUUCACGCGCUGCAUCCUCAGAUGGAGCAACUAUUUUUAGAAGUCUCUUGCCAAUGUAAAUCUGUGAUCUGUUGUCGAGUAACGCCUCUGCAAAAAGCAAUGGUGGUCGAGCUCGUGAAGAAAAGUAUGAAAGCCGUGACGUUAGCGGUGGGUGAUGGGGCCAACGACGUAUCCAUGAUAAAAACCGCCCACAUAGGUGUCGGCAUAAGCGGCCAAGAGGGUAUGCAGGCAGUAUUAGCUUCGGACUACUCGAUAGGACAAUUUAGAUUUCUCGAGAGGUUGCUCUUAGUUCAUGGCAGAUGGUCCUAUUACAGAAUGUCCAAGUUCCUUAGAUAUUUUUUCUACAAAAACUUUGCGUUCACUCUAUGUCACAUUUGGUUCGCCUUCUUUUGUGGAUUCAGCGCACAGACCGUUUUCGAUCCCAUGUACAUUUCCGUCUAUAACUUGUUUUACACGUCACUACCCGUUUUGGCAGUCGGCGUAUUCGAUCAAGAUGUCAAUGAUAAGAACAGUUUGCUGUACCCAAAACUAUACACACCGGGUCUUGAGAAUCUGCUUUUCAACCGAAAAGAAUUCUUCAUGAGUGCUGUUCACGGCUUGUUUGCCAGUUGCGUGAUUUUUUUAGUGCCCUAUGGAGCAUACAGGGACGGCGUUUCUCCAAGGGGCUACAUACUUUCGGAUCACAUGCUUUUUGGCAGCGUGGUGGCUACGGUAUUAGUUAUAGUUGUGACUGCUCAAAUAGCUCUCGACACAUCGUACUGGACGAUCGUCAAUCAUUUUAUGGUUUGGGGCUCUCUCAUUUGGUACUUCAUUUUAGACUUCUCUUACAAUUACGUCGUAAGAGGCAGCUACGUGGGCAGCCUUCAAAUGGCAAUGUCGGAGGCGACCUUUUGGUUCGUGUCGGUGAUAUCGUGCAUCAUGCUCGUGAUCCCGGUGCUCUCGUGGCGCUUCUUCUUCGUGGACGUGCGGCCAACGCUGUCGGACCGUGUGCGGCUGAAACAACGCCUCGUCCAGAUGCGCACGCGACAGAGCCAGGACGUGCUACGGACGCCAUCGACAAGGCGCACGCGGCGCUCGUUGCGCUCGGGUUACGCGUUCGCCCACCAGGAAGGCUUUGGCCGGCUCAUCACGUCCGGCAAGAUAAUGCGCAAACUGCCCAACGGCUCGGACUUUAAGUUCUUCACGUCGAACAACGUGUCCAGGCAGGUGAGCAGCAUCGCCACCAACUCGCCGAAAGAGAAUAACUCCAGGAACUCGCACGUAUCAGACGGCGUGAUAAUACCCUGAGGUGGGCCUCGAAUUCUCUCCCUCUCAGCCACGUCAACUUCGUUGAUACCGUCAUUGUUGAUAAUGUUGUUAUAAUUGUUACUACUGCCGUAGCUGCCAUUGACGUGCUUAAAUUGUGAAGGGAGCAAACAAUUCGCACCCCUCUUGUGCUAUAUAUAUCAGGACCUGAUGAAACAAACUCUCUGUUCCUCUUUUCGCCAGGUCGAAUAUGUAUUAUUUUGUGAUACGAUGAUGCCGCCAUUUAUUUUUUUUUUGUUUCUCGUUGUCUUUUGAGCUUUAACUAAGUCUUAUGAUAGUGAACGAAUGCUAAAAACUACGUUAGCGCGAAGACAAACGAAACAUAUGAAUCAGUGCAGAUUAUGUAUGAUGGUGACUUAACUGAAGAAACAGAUGAUAUAUGUGAUUAAUGAAAUGCUUUAGAUAUUCAAGUAUUACGUAAGCGCAUUUUGAAUAGGUGUAUUUAUCUUUAUUUUUACAAAGACAUGGGAGCAUUUAGUUUGCAGAUGAGUGAAUGUAGUUACAAUUUUUUUUGUAAGAAAAUUUUUAAAAAGUAAUGCCAUAAACUAGAUUUUUUUCUUGUUUAACCAAUUCUAAAGAUAAUUUUUUCAUUUCUUGUAAAUGGUUUGCGUAAUACUUGCAGAGUCGCGUUUCAUACUAUUAAAUUUAAUUUUUUUGGCACGAUUGAUACAUACGAGUGCCUUAUUUUUUUUGUUAUUCGAAAAAUAUAUUUUUUUGUUACCAUUAUUUGACGGUUGUUUGGAAAAACACAUUAAAUUGAGAAAAUUAUUUUUUAUUAUAACUUUUUUAAUCCUGAAAUUUUUUUAUAUUUGUUUGAGUUGAUAUACCUAUACCACAAAAAAUCAAACUGGUGUACCAAUCGAAAUCAUGUAAGAAUCUGCAGUUCCUGUGUCCAUCGAAUUUAAACGUGUAUAAAACGUUGAAUACACAUAAAACAGGAUCGCAGAUAGUAAUUAAUUGAAAGAAAUUUUUUUGUGUGAUGACAUAAUGAGUAGCAAAUAUGGUUACAUCCAGUAAUUGCCUUUGUAAAACGUUAACACAACAAACAAAAAUAAGUCCUAGCAUUGAUUGUAAAUAUU